AUGUCGUCAAGCGUCGCGCCCACCGGAUAUGAAGUCCCCGCAUCAAAGAGGUAUAUGGCGAACGGCGGGCCGCUAAGACAACGUUGGCGCCUACUUAUUUGUGCUCGGGGCUCGGUGCCGUGGUGCCGCGCCCUCACGCCGCCGCGCCGAGGCGCCCUGCGGUCCGAGCGGUGGCUGCGAGCGAGGGACGCGCUGAAGCGGGUUCGCCGCUAA